UCCCAAUCUAGUCUUGGGUAUUCUCUUACAAGUUUGCAGGCAGAUAUAGUGCUGAUUGUUAAUUUGGUUUACAGGAAUUUCUGAUGUAAAUCAAAGACUGUGCUUAAAUAAUUAUUAAAAACAAACAGUUUUUGAUAUGUUUUAGAAAGGUUGUCAUUUUUUCAGAUGAUGAACUUUUAAGCCUUGCAGAAGAGUGAAAGAAUUUUAUGUGAGAAAAAUGGAACAAGAAAAUGUCAAGAAAUUUCACAGUUUCGAUCAGUCUGAGAUUGUUGGGGAAAACUAUAAAUCAAGACGUUCUAACCGUGAACGCUAUGUCUGGAUUUUUCUUGUUUUAGCUCUUAUAGCUGCAGUUAUUGGUGUUAGCAUAUACUUCUCAAAGAACUAUGAGAAAAAAGGGUCAUCCGAGUCUGGGUCAUCUGGGGCACAAACGGGCGACGUUGCGUCCACAACAGCCCCAAAACCAACGUCAACUGCAUCUGGUAUCGUAACAACUAAACAAUCCACUGACACUGUCCAAAGUACUUCUACAUCUGGCACAAUUGUUCCUUCAACGACUGUGCCACCAACAGAAGAUGAGCUCAGAAGACGCAUUGAAUGCAUUCCCGAGGCACAAGGGGGCGUUGUGAAAGCAACACCAGAGCUCUGUGACAAACGAGGCUGCAUUUAUUCUCAAUCAAACAAGAAAGGGGUUCCUGAUUGUUACUUUAGUCAAGAAAUAGGUUACAAAGUUAAUGGUGUAAGCAACACUGCAUUGGGUUUCCGGGCUGAUCUUGUCAAGAAAAAGGAAGGCCCGUUUGGAGAUGAUCUGGAAAAGGCUGUGUUUGUUGUGGAGAUGCUUGGGGAUGACAUUAUCCACUUUAAGUUUGAUGACCCUGUUUUCCAUCGCUAUAAGGUGCCUCUAGAUUUGAAUUUACCAACUGUGAAAGGGGAUAACACCAAAUACAGAUUUAAAAUCACCAACAAUGAAACAUUUGCAUUCCAAAUCAUCAGAAAGUCAACUGAUAAAGUUUUAUGGGACACAGGGGUUGGUGGACUGGUUCUUUCAGAUCAGUUCCUGCAAAUCAGUACCAGUCUACCGAGUGAGAACGUCUAUGGGUUUGGGGAAAACAUGCAUACGACCUUCAGACAUAACCUCAACUACAAGACAUGGCCAAUGUUUGCACGAGACCAGCCACCCAGUCAUGACGCGGACUUUCAAGAAGCCAACCUUUAUGGAGUACAUCCAUUCUACAUGUGCAUGGAAGAAGGCGGGUAUUCCCAUGGUGUUUUCCUACUCAACAGUAAUGCCAUGGAUUACUCAUUCACCCCCCUGCCCAUGCUGACAUACAGAACUAUUGGAGGCAUCCUUGAUUUCUACAUGUUCCUGGGGCCAGAACCAGAAAAUGUCGUACAACAGUACACCGGGUUAAUAGGACGCCCCUUCAUGCCACCAUAUUAUGCCCUUGGGUUCCAAUUGUGUCGCUAUGGUUACAAGAAUGUUGAUGACAUGGAGGCAGCUCUGAACAGGACCCUGCAGUAUAAAAUACCACUGGAUAUCCAGUAUGGGGAUAUUGACCACUUUGAUGCCAACAUGGAUUUCACACUUGAUCAUGUCAAGUUUGGGCGUCUGCCUCAAUACUUCAGGGACCUUCAAUCAAAAGGCAUGAAAACUGUCAUCAUUUUGGACCCAGCUAUCAUCAGCAACGUGACUGGGUACCAACCGUACGUAAACCUAACAGCAGUCCGGGGCUCAGUCAUGUGGCCUGAGGACCUGAACGUGGCGAUAGAGGACAAAGACUCCACUGGCGCACUGUUAGGUUAUGUCUGGCCAUCAGGAAAGUCUGUGUUCCCAGAUUUCUUCAAAAAGGAAACACAAGAGGUGUGGACCAAUCUGAUUGUUCAACAUCACAAUCUGGUACCAUUUGAUGCCCUUUGGAUAGAUAUGAAUGAGCCAGCAAACUUUGGUACCAAUUUAGAAAGGCCCUGGAAUUGGCCUGAAACUGCAAAGCCCUAUUGGAGCUUGCAUUGUCCUACCAACAGCAAACUUGAGGACCCUCCAUAUAGGACAAAGGCCGGCUACCAUUUUGAUAAAGACGGCAAGGAGACACGACUGAGCGACAAGACAAUAUGUAUGGCGAGCCGGCAGGGAGAGAACGGGAAAUACAGGCACUAUGAUGUACACAAUCUGUACGGAUGGAGUCAGACCUUGCCAACGUUAAAAGGGGCCAGGUCUGCAACAGGGGAGAGAAGUUUUGUGCUGUCAAGGUCAACCUAUCCCGGCAGUGGAAAGUAUUCCGGACACUGGCUCGGUGACAAUGACUCGAAAUGGAGUGACAUGCAUGCUUCCAUCAUAGGCAUGCUGGAGUUUAAUCUGUUUGGAAUUCCAUAUAUCGGAGCAGACAUAUGUGGUUACUGGGGAAACACCACACCGGAGAUGUGUAAACGCUGGCAGCAGGUCGGGGCAUUCUAUCCCUUCAGCAGAAACCACAAUCAGAUGGAUUCAAUGGAUCAAGACCCUGGUAUCUGGCCUGAGGUGGGGUAUGCCACCAGGGAGGCUAUGGAGACUCGUUACUGGCUACUCCCCUAUCUGUACACACUGUUCCACAAGGCACACACAUACGGUGGCACAGUGGUUCGUCCGGUUUUCCAUGAGUUUCCCAAGGACACCCAUCUAUACGACCUGGACCGUCAGUUCAUGUGGGGAAACGCCCUGAUGAUUGUUCCCAUUCUAGAACAGGGUGCCGCUCAGGUCUACUUCACUCUGCCAGAGGGUGUCUGGUACGACUUUUAUGACCACAUCCCACACAAUGGGCCAGACUACAACAUGAGGCGGACUGUGGAUGCCAAUUCUAAGAUCGGGCUCUUUGUGCGAGGUGGAACCAUCCUCCCAAUGCAGAAACCUGAAAACAACACUCAUUUCAGUCGUAAGAACCCAUUCAAGCUUCUGGUAGCCCUCGAUGCUUCCAACACAGCGGAGGGAGAAAUGUUCUGGGAUGAUGGGAAUUCAGUGGACACUGCGGAGAAGGGAAACUAUUUCUUCGCGAACUUCAAGGCAGAGAUGAAUCAUCUGGCGAUGACGAUCCAACAUUCCAAUAUUCCUCAGCUUGACACUACCUUCUUCGGCAGCGUUGAAGUGAUCAAUGCCCCUAGUGGUGUGAAACGGGUCUACUGCGAUGGGGAAAACUUCAACUUUACGUACAGUGGACAGACACUUGUUAUUACUGACUUUCGUCUUCCGUUAACAAGAGAUUUCAAGAUCUAUUGGAGCACUGAAAGUGAUGAUGAGCGCACACGACAUGACUGCAUACCAGAAGCCCAAGGUCCGGGGGUCAAGGUCACAGAACAGUUAUGCACCCAACGAGGCUGUGUAUAUAAUCCUAACGCGUCACAAGGACCAAAAUGCUAUUUCAAUCUGGAUAACUAUGGUUACAGAGUUUCAAAUUGGAUUGAGACUGACCUUGGUUUCGUGUACCAGCUUCAGAGGAAAACGAGACCCAGUCCAUUCAGUGAUCAAGGAAAUCCAGAUAUCCAGACUUUGAAUUUCACUAUAGAAAUGAGAAGCCGCGAUGUUCUUCGGUUCAAGUUUGACGAUGCUAGGGGUGGGAGGUAUGAGGUACCAUCAACCUUGAACUUGGGCUCAGACAAAGCCCUUGACCCCAGAUAUGAGGUCAAGGUCACAAGUAAUGACCCAUUUGCCUUCCAGGUGGUCAGAAGGUCAAAUGGGGAAAUAUUAUGGGACACAGGCGUGGGUGGUCUGACUUUCUCCGACCAUUAUCUGCAUAUCUCCACCAGGCUGCCCUCUCGCAACAUCUAUGGGUUCGGAGAGAACAUACACCACUCUCUCCGGCACGAUCUCAACUACAGGGCCUGGCCACUGUUUGCACGAGAUCAGCCAACAAGCUGGGGGGACUAUCUCAACCAUUACGGCGUCCAUCCCUUCUACAUGUGUGUUGAGGAUACGGUCAAUGGUGGACACUCACAUGGGGUCCUCCUCCUCAACAGCAAUGCACAAGACUACUCAUUCACCCCUCUGCCCAUGCUGACAUACAGAACUAUCGGAGGCAUCCUGGAUUUCUACAUGUUCCUGGGGCCAGAACCAGAAAAUGUCGUACAACAGUACACUGGGGCUAUUGGUCGGCCCUACAUGCCGCCAUAUUGGGCGCUCGGGUUCCAACUGUGUCGCUAUGGAUACAACAACAUCUCCAACCUUCAGGAUGCUGUGGAAAAGACAAGGAUAGCCAACAUUCCACAUGACGUCCAGUAUGUAGAUAUUGACCACAUGUACGAACAGCGAGAUUUCACGCUGAACAAUAAAGACUUCCCUGGACUCAACGACUACUUUAAGAAACUUCAGAGUGAUGGCAUGCACAUUAUCAUCAUGAUGGAUCCCACACUGAUUUCCAAUGUGUCUGGAUAUGAGCCAUACAUCAGGAUGCAUGAGACCAAUAGCAACAUCAAGUGGGAUCCUAAACUGUACAUACCUUCGGAAAGUGUCAACGACAAAAAUGACAUAUUGGGCUAUGUGUGGCCAGUUGGUAAGGUUGUCUUCCCAGAUUUCUUCAAGAACAGCACAAAGCAAGUUUGGAAAGAACUAAUUGUCAAGCAUCACAACCAUAAUCUGACAUUCGAUGGACUUUGGAUAGACAUGAAUGAGCCUGCUAACUUUGGUACAAAUGAAGAACGACCUUUUAACUGGCCAGAAGGGGUCAAGCCCUACUGGAGUCUCAACUGCACCCUGGAAGGCAACUAUUAUGAGCACCCCCCAUACAGGACUAUGGCGGCGUUUGUACAUGAUUCCCCCAACAACUUGAAGAUGAUAUCUGAGAAGACAAUAUGUAUGAGGGCACUGCAAGGUGAAAAUGGCGAGUUCAAACAUUAUGAUGUGCACAAUCUCUAUGGCUGGAGUCAAACCCAACCCACUCUGGACGCUGUGCGUGCUGCAACAGGGGAGAGAAGCAUCGUCAUCACUCGCUCAACAUUCCCAGGCAGUGGGAAGUAUGGUGGCCACUGGCUUGGUGAUAAUAACAGCGUGUGGAAAGAGCUGCAGAGAUCUAUCAUAGGUUCCUUGGAAUUCAAUUUCUUUGGUAUACCAUAUAUUGGUGCGGACAUUUGCGGUUUUAUGGUGGACACAACGCCGGAGCUCUGCAAGCGCUGGAUGCAGCUGGGUGCCUUCUAUACCUUCAGCAGGAACCACAAUGGCAUCAACUACUUGCGUCAAGAUCCAGGCAGUUUUGCACCGGAGACGGGUGUGGCAGAAGCAUCAAGGAUUGCCAUGGAGACCAGAUAUUGGCUUCUGCCCUAUCUGUAUACACUGUUCCACCAUGCCCAUGUCAGAGGCAAUACAGUCAUCCGACCACUACAUCAUGAGUUUGCUGAUGAUGUGGUGACUUUUGAUAUCGACAAACAGUUCCUUUGGGGGCCAGCUCUUAUGAUUUCUCCAAUAUUAUACGAGGGGCAGUCUGCAAUCAACCUGUACAUGCCAAGAGGUCCCUGGUAUGACUGGUACACUGGUGAGGAAUUCCGUUCCCAGGGCUACAUUAGGCGGCCAGUGGAGCCUGACUCCCCCAUCCCACUUCAUGUACGGGCUGGGCACAUUCUUCCUCUUCAACGCUAUGCAAAUAACACACACUUCAGUCGCCGGAACCCCUUCACUCUGCUAGUGGCCCUGAAGGAUUCUGAGAAUGGCGGUCGAGGCUACGUGGCAGACGGAGACUUGUUCUGGGAUGAUGGGGACUCAGUUGAUACUUAUGAGACUGAUCACUAUUACUAUGCCAGAUUCUCCAGUAUGAGUAACAAGCUCCACCUGACUGUUGAACAUAACACUGCAGGCAGUAGCAUGGAUGGCCUUCACAUUGGCUCGGUCAAAGUCAUUGGAGUGAGGUCAAAUGUCAAGGUCAUAUACAUCGGCAACACUACACACACUGACCUCAAAUAUGAUCCAACCAAAAUGGUGCUGGAGGUGAACAAUCUUCAACUUCCUUUAACAACAGAAUUCACAUUGGAAUGGAGGGAGUACAGAAAGCCCACACAGGGGGAAAUGGAUCGCCUCAGCUGUUACCCAGAGUUCACAAACCAACAUGUGACAGAACCCAUGUGCAGAAACAGAAGUUGUAUCUAUGAUGCCAGCAACACGUUACCGUUUAUACCGUCAUGUUACUUUAACAGGACUGCCUAUGGUUACUUUAGAUUGCCCGCUGAACCUAAUGUGGUAAAGUUAAACAAGAGAACGGCAGGAACAACCACCAUGUUUGGGAAGGAUAUCUUUGCGCUUCUUGUACAGAUUGAACACCUUACUGACAGCAUUUUACAUAUAAAGAUUGUAGAUGAACCAAACAAGAGAUAUAAUGUGCCACUUCCACUGCAGAUGAUUGAGAAAAAUAAUUCAACAGAUACGCUGUACAACAUAAUUUUACCACAGGAUAAUACAGCAAUUGAAUUCACGAUGAAAAUUACUAGAAAAAGCACGGGAAAGAAAAUCUGGGACACGUCCGCUGGUCCCCUCAUAUUCUCGGAACAGUUCCUUCAACUGAGCACAUACCUUGCCUCUGACAACCUGUACGGACUCGGGGAGCACAGACACAUGCACCUGAAACACGACAUGGACUACAGAACAUGGCCCAUAUUCACGAGAGAUGCUGCUGUCAACUCACCGGACUACACCAACCUGUAUGGGGCCCAUCCUUUCUACAUGAAUAUUGAAGAUGAUGAUGGCAACACACAUGGAGUUUUCUUCCUCAACAGCAAUGCCAUGGAGAUUUUACUGGACCCCAAUCCUCGUCUCACCUAUCGCACCAUUGGAGGAGUCCUGGACUUCUACUUCUUCAUGGGACCCAGCCCGGAAUCUGUGGUCCAGCAAUAUCAACAGCUGAUAGGUACCCCAGUGCUGGUCCCCUACUGGGCGCUGGGCUUCCAGCUGUCUCGCUGGGGCUACAACUCCCUGGACAACCUCAAGGUCGCCGUGGAGAGGACCCAGGCUGCAGGAAUACCUCAUGAUAUCCAGUACGCUGAUAUCGACCACAUGGACGAGCGUAAGGACUUCACAUACGACGCGGCGACCUUUGCAGGCCUGCCAGAAUACAUCCAGGAACUACAGGCUGGCGGAAUGCACUUCAUCAUCAUACUGGAUCCCGCUCUUGUUUCCAAUGUAACUGGUUAUUUGCCAUAUGAGACUGGUGUAACACGUGAUGUGUUCAUAAAGUGGCCACCUGGAAAGGGACCUGCUGAUUCCAGACCAAACGGAACCUCAGAUAUCAUGCUGGGAUAUUUAUGGCCGAAAGGAAAGACUGCAUUCCCAGACUUCUUGUUGAAUGAAACCCAAGAUUGGUGGGCAGAUACCAUUGAGGAAUGGCACAAAACCAUUAAAUUUGAUGGCCUGUGGAUUGACAUGAACGAGCCAUCCAACUUCGACACUAAUGGAAUGCGCCCAUGGAACUGGCCAGAAAAGGACACGCCCUACUGGACCCUGAAAUGUACCCUAGACAACAACACCUGGGACCUGCCCCCAUACAGACCCCGUUCCCUGCUUGGAGACGUGUUGUCAGACAAGACGUUAUGCAUGAUUGGUGAGCAGAGGAAGGGAACCUUCCGACACUACGAUGUACACAGUCUGUAUGGCUGGAGUCAGACCCAACCCACCAGCAUAGGUCUGCAGAGGGCCACGGGCAGACGUGGUAUUGUAAUUUCCAGGUCCACGUACCCAUCGUCUGGUCACUAUGGCGGCCACUGGCUCGGAGACAAUGACAGCUUCUGGCGAAACCUCCAUGACUCAAUUAUUGGAAUUAUUGAGUUUAACCUGUUUGGAAUUCCUUACAUUGGUGCUGACAUUUGUGGGUUCUUCUCUGAGCCGAGCGUGGAGAUGUGUCAACGUUGGAUGCAGCUGGGCGCCUUCUAUACCUUCAGCAGGAACCAUAAUGGACUCAAUAUGAAGGAACAAGACCCGUCAGUGUUUGGUCCCCACAUGUCAGACUCAUCCAAGCGUGCCAUGGAGAUCCGUUACAGUCUGCUGCCAUUCCUGUACACACAGUUCUACCGUGUGCACACGCAGGGUGGAACAGUCAUCAGAUCCAUGUUCCACAAUUUUCCUAAGGACCCACGCACUCGCUCCAUUGAUACACAGUUCAUGUGGGGCGACUCAUUCCUCAUAGCUCCCGUUGUGGAACAGGGCCACCUCCACAAGGAUGUUUAUCUUCCAGCGGCUCGUUGGUUUGAUCAUUACACGGGUGCAGAGGUAAAAGAGCAUGGCACUACGGUAACGGUGAACGCACCGAGGGAUCACAUACCACUGUUCUGGAGAGGAGGUUACAUUAUACCUACACAGAAGCCAGCAAAUAACACUGUUUUCAGUCGUAAGAACACUCUUGGACUGACAGUGAUUCCAGACAACAAUGGGACUGCCACUGGUGACUUAUUCUGGGACGAUGGUGACAGUAUAGGCACAAUUGAAACUAAACAAUAUUAUUUUGCCAGCUUCAACUUCCGAAAUAAUACGGUCAGCAUGUCUGUGGACACUAACCACACAGUAGUGGAAGGUCUGGUGUUUGAUGAAGUCUGGGUCCUUGGCAUGACCUCCCGACCUUCCAGCGUCACAGCUGGUGGCACCACUCUGGGGUUCACAUACUACACUGAUACUAGGGUACUUCAUAUUCAUGGACUAAGCCUGCCCCUGAAAAACAACUUCAGCAUUACAUGGAACUGAGCUUCAAUGAUGGAAGUCCACCCUUCACGACAUUAGUAUUCAGUGACUUUGAGUGAAAUAGCAGUUUAUGUUAUAGAUGUGUUUCUGUAAAGCAUAACUUGCAGUUCCUGUUUCAUUUAAGUAUAUCAGAAUUACAUCUUAGUCUAGUUUUUCAAAUCUAGAAACUGCUUGAAUAAACAGAAGGAAGACAAAUUAAUUUCAUUUAACAAACACAUUGAUAAGGACCCAAUACUGUUUUUAUUUGUUGAAAGUAAGAUUAUAUUAAUGCUUUUACAUUUCACAAUAUUGUUUAUCUGUUACCUUUGAGAUAAGCGAACUUUAAAGCUUUUUCAACUUGUUUACCGCUUUUUUCAUUCAUUUUAUACAAAAGCAAGUUAAGACAAAACCGUAUUAUAUAGCUAGUACUGCUUAGGUCAUAAUCGGAUAUUUUAUAUGUGACAUGUCCACCAAUUCCUGACAUAUGAAUAUUCCACGUGUAUGUAUAGAUAUCUAAACUGAUUCAAAAAGUGAGUGCACAACUUGAUUGUGAAUCUUCUGCUUGAAUGUGAAUAUUCUGUGAUGUCUUCUUCUUUCCUAUUAAGUACAGGUCUCGUCUGGAGCAUCAACGCACUUUGACUAUUAUAAUACAAUGAGUCCUGGGUAGAACCAGUACUUGGUGUCUUUCUCGGAGAUCUAAAGAACGCUCCCACAGUGGAGAUCGAACAUGUGAUCUCCCAAUCGCUAGUCGACACCAUUUUCACUACGCUACGUCAAUCUUUUGAGUAGAAGUAGAUUUACAAUAGAAGGACCUCACGCAAGUAUAAAAACACAAAAAUCAUUGUCAAACCUGAUCAUAGGAUACCUGGUCCCAUAUUGAUUAUUGCAAAACCAUUGCAGAAUAUAAAAUUCACAAAUAGAAACAAUUGGACUAAUUAAGUUAACAAGACUUUCUAACAAAAAAAUAGUUUGAUAGAUGUUUCAGCCAUUCAACACUGUAUUACAUGUAUGUUAAAUGCUUGCUAGAUUUAUUGUGCAAAAUAUUUAUAAUUUAAGUAAUUAAGAUUUCAUAGCAGAAUGGUUAAAUUACCAAAUUACCCGUGGGAUGGGAUACUGAUAUGUUAUACAAUGUAGAGGAAAAAGUUUACAGUAUACAUAAACACACAAUCUCAUAACUAGAACUGUUUGCUCACAUUUACAAAAGUUUGCUAUAUUCUAUUUUGUCGUUUGAAACUUUGAGACUUAAAUUUAAGAUUUUUCUUUUUUAACCUGCAAGAUUGUGUUUUAAAAUGUUGAUACGCUAGUCUUGAAUUGUGUUUUGCUAUUGCGUAGAUAUUUGUUGUUAUAGAUGCUAGAUUUAUUUUUAACAAAUUCUAUUGCUGUAUAUCAGAUUUAAAAAAAAAUAUUUUUUGGUAAAAAACAACUUGUGUUUGUGUGGUAUGUUUACCAAUUCAGCAGCAAUAAUGUAUAAAGAUCUCAGUAGAAUAACUUUCAACUUUGAAAGUUACAGGUAGACAACUCCUGUUUCUUAUUACAUCCUUCCAAAUUCCAGGUAAACUAGCAACUUCUGUUUCUUAUUUCAUUCUGCCCAGUUACUGGUAGGCAACUCCUGUUUCUUAUUUCAUCCUACCCAGUUACUGGUAGACAACUCCUGUUUCUUAUUUCAUCCUACCAGGUUACAGGUAGACAGCUCCCGUUUCUUAUUUCGUCCUACCCAGUUACUGGUAGACAACUCCUGUUUCUUAUUUCACCCUACCAGGUUACAGGUAGACAACUCCUGUUUUCACCCUACCAGGUUACAGGUAGACAACUCCUGUUUCUUAUUUCGUCCUACCAAAUAACAGGUAGACAACUCCUGUAUUUUAUUUUGUCCUACCAAGUUACAGGUAGACAACUCCUGUUUCUUAUUUCAUCCUACCAAGUUGCAGGUAGACAACUCAAUGUUUAUUAUUUUAUCCUACAUAGUUACUAGUAGACAACUCCUGUUGCUUAUUUCUUCCUACCGAUUACAUUUAGACAACUUGUUUUUCUGAUUUCAUUAUGCCAAUAUACAUUAAGACAACUUGUUUUUCUUAUUUCAUUCUGCCAAUAUACAUUUAGACAA